AUGUCAAAGGAAUAUGCAGAGAAGGAAUCGGGUGUCAGAACCUCGACUUCCAGAAUCUCGUCCAUUAUCGGCGAAACAGUGAACGAAAAUGGUAACAUCAUCGGUUUAGACCUUUAUGAACAAGGUAAUGAUAUUACUGAAGAAGAAGUGGAGGCCGAAAUCAAGCGGAUCAAAUUCAAAGUUGAUAUCAGAAUCGUUCCUAUUCUUUGUGUCACAUAUGCAUUACAGUUUCUUGAUAAGCUAAGUCUAAAUUACGCCUCGGCCUACUCCCUUAAGGAAGAUUUGGGUUUACAUGGUCAGAGGUAUUCGUGGGUUGCUGCCAUUUUCAAUUUCGGCUACUUGUUUUGGGCCAUGCCCUCUAACUAUAUCAUUCAAAAGGUGCCCAUUGCCAAGUACACUGGCGGUAUGCUAUUUGUCUGGGCCAUCAUAUUGGUAGCCCAUAUGGGCACGAAGAACUAUGCUGGUAUACUUGUGGUGAGGUUCAUCUUGGGUAUGUUUGAGGCAGGUAUUUCGCCAUCUUGUAUGAUGAUUUGUGGUAUGUUCUACUCCCGUCAAGACCAGCCAUUCAGAAUGUGCACCUUUUUGAGUUUCAACGGUAUUGCUACAAUCAUUGGAGGCCUUCUUGGGUUUGGAUUGGGCCAUGCCAACCUGGCGGCCAUCGCUUCAUGGAAAUUGAUCUUUUUGGUCAUUGGUCUUUUAAACUUGGUCUGGUCGGUAUUCUUCCUUUGGCUCACACCAGACAGUCCUGCUUCAGCUAAGUUCUUGACUGAACGAGAGAGGACCAUUCUUAUCAAGCACAUCUCUAAAAAUAACCAAGGUGUUAAGGAUAAGCAAUUCAAGUGGCCCCAGGCCAGAGAAGCACUUUCUGAUCCUGGUGUCUACUUUGUCGUGCUUGUUGCUUUGGCUGUUGGUAUUAUCAAUGGAGGUGUUUCCAACUUCCAAUCUGCAUUAAUCAAGGGAUUCGGGUUCGACGGUCUUGCUGCAACUGCAUUGCAAAUGCCAACCGGAGCCUUUGAGUUUAUCGUUGUUUUUGCAGCCGGUAUAGCCGCAUUGAAGAUUGAAAAUAUCAGAUGUCUUCUUUUUGUGCUACUUUGUCUUCCUGGUUUUGCGGGCUUGAUCGCGAUCCACUUAAUUGAAGAUAAUAGAUGGGCCUCGGUGGGAUGCACUUGGCUACAAUAUAUCAUCGGAGGACCCAUCAUUCUCUGUUGGAUUUUCAUCAACGCCAACAUUGGUGGUACAACCAAAAAAGUUGUCACCAACGGUUGUUGGUUCACCAUGUACGCCACAGGUAACAUUGUGGGUGCAAAUAUCUUCUACGCCAGAGAGGCACCCAAGUACAAGUCAGCUAUGAUCGGUCUAAUGACAUGUUACUCAGGCAUGAUCGCUUUGGGAAUUUGUUACUGGUUCCUUUUGAGAAGCAGAAACUAUAGAAGAGAUAAAGAACAAGGAGAACAAACGGAGGAAAUGAAACAGGAGGCCAUUCUUAAUGGUUUUAAGGGCCUCACUGACUUUGAGAAUAAGGGCUUUAGGUAUGCGCUAUAG